AUGCCGGGAAGGAACAUGGAAGAGGUAUGGAAAGACAUCAGCCUCAGCACUCUCCACCAAGACGUGCCUUCAACUCCCGUCCUCGCCUUCCACCCCGCCACCACCAUCUCCUCCUUUCGAGCCGUCAUGCUGCAGGACUUCAUCGCCGAUGCCUUCAAAGCAGAAAAUCGAGCUUAUUCUCCGAGCACCCACAGUCCUCCUGCUUCGCUCAGUCCCACCUCUGACAACUCCCGGCAGUUCUUUGGCUAUGAUCUCAACGCCAGUGCCAGUGCCAGUGGCAGUAACGCAGCACAGUCUGAGUCAACGAAGAAGCGGUCGCCGGAGAAGCGGCCGAACCGGAGCGUUGACAGACAAAGCGGCGUCGAGCAAAGGAAGAAGCGGAUGAUCAAGAAUCGAGAGUCGGCGGCUCGAUCUAGGGCCAGGAAACAGGCCUACAGGAACGAGCUAGAGCUAGAAGCCGCACGUCUGCUGAAUGAGAACGAGAUGCUGAAGCGAGAGUCCGAACAGCUGCGCAUGACAGUGGCUGCUCAGAACCCCACGGCUUCCAAGCCUACGCUGCAGAGAACCUUAACAGCUCCGUUUUGA